GGCGCCGGACGGCCAGUGCGGUUACUCUCGGCCAGUGUGCGGCCUCGUUGUCGGGAGCGCGGCGGUGGCUGGGCCGGGUGCUCGGAGCCCGAGUGAAGUGGUCGUGGCGGAACGGAGCCCGUGACCUGGGGAUGGAGCUGUGCAGAUGACAUGGGCUGAGUUGGCUCCUCUGGCAGAGUCAUGGCGGAGGUGUGGUGGGCAGUUCUACUCGUGCUGCUGUGCCAGCUGGUUCCGGGCGAGCUCUCUGUCAUUGAGCCGGUGCCCGACGACUGGGUCCUGCUGCACGUGGUCCAGGGGCAGGUGGGACCCGGCAACUACAGCUACCUGCGGCUUAACCACGACGGGCAGAUCGUGCUGCGCAUGGAGAGCCGGCGAGGGGACGCUGACCUGUACAUCUCCGACUCCACGUUGCACCCCAGUUUCGACGACUACGAGCUGCAGUCGACCACCUGUGGCCUGGACUUGGUGGCGGUGCCAGCCAGGUUCCGCAGGCCAGUGGGCAUUGCUGUGUAUGGUCACCCUUCACACUUACAGACCGAGUUUGAGAUGAGGGUCUACCUGGACCGAGGAGUACGAGAGAGCCCCUUCCCUGAGCCCUCCUACCCUGGUGACGAAGACACCACCGACAGGACCCCACCAAAAAAGGUGGUGGAAGAGGAGGCAGAAGAGUCUGUGUUGUGGACUAUAAUAAUUGGGAUCCUCAAACUAGUGUUGGAGAUUCUUUUUUGAAAGUUCUCCUUACUGUGUAUCAGGUGUGGUGGGGUUGUGGAUGCGUGCGCACUUGGGACAGGAGCAGUGGAAACAGUUUGAACAUAAUCACUGCCUGCUCUCUAUCAGGGAAAACUUGAGUUUUUUGUUCACUGACCUCAACUAGUCAGUGACUUACUGUAUGAUCUGAUUUCUUUUUCUUUCCCAGUGGGGUGAGAUGAUACAACACUGUGUACCUGUGGGUCACCAAAAUGUGCUAUUGAAGGAUACUCCUUGCCUAUCUGUUCCAUGUCUAUUUUCUAAGAUAAACCUUUUGUUAAUGUCUUGUCUAUUUCCUAGGACCGCUACUAUUCUGUCUAUACUACGUCUGUUUCCCCAGAUAGCACUUACCAGAUCUGUAUUACACCCCAUCUGACACUGGUACAGGCAGAUUGUAAAUAUUUUUACUUUACAAAAAAAAAAUCAGCAGAAUUUGUACAGAGAAAAUGGCAGCUGCUUAUUCAGAGCUACUGUGAGAUGAUUGUAACGCAGCCGAGUUUAAAUGUGCCAGAAAUCAAAAUAUGGAAUUUUCUCGAACCCCUGGCAGUUCUCAUCCAGGGCUGAGCUUUGCCUGAGAGGAUGGCUCAAUCUGAAAUCUAAAAGCAUUGUUUUCAUUUUUAAAUGCCAGAAACUUGAAGCAAAAGAAUGACAUUCUUUCGGAACAUGAGAGAGCCAAUAAAUACAGUCAUUGCAUUGA